AUGUUCUUGAGAUACUUCUUGGACGAGAACCAACAAAGAGUGUACACUUUGAAGAGAACUGCUCCAUCUGGAGAGCAAACUCUUACCGCUCAUCCAGCUCGCUUUUCGCCGGAAGACAAGAACUCCAAAUAUCGCAUCAUCAUCAAGAAGCGCUUCGGACUCUUGCCAACCCAGAAGGCAAAGACCGUUUGCUAA